AAGAAUCAGUCGGUUUAACACAACCAACGCGAACAGACGCUACACACGCAACUUAAAAAGAAAUCUUGAGUUCAUUGAAUCAAACACUUGUAAAGUUAAAUAAAACUUCCUAGAACAUUUAAGUAUUUGGAAGAAGAGAAUCUUAAGAGUUUCGAAAAUGUUUUCGACGAAGAAAAGUUUGGAUAGAUUCCUGCAGACGUACAAGAAGGAGAUCCGCCGGCAGAUCAGCAAGACGACCAGCGUCACCAACUCCGAUGCCAUGGCACCCAGGCUGGACCAGCCCGCGGCCAAGUCGCCGCAGAUCGACGACACCGGACUGCCCAAGAAGCUUUUGAAACUGCAAAAAUAUCACAGAUUCCUGUCAACCCUGACGACCCAGGAAAUGCCGAUGGCUACCCGUGGACUGGCCGUGUCGAAGGACCAGUCCCGGGAGUUCAUGGCUUGCUUCCCGGACAUCGUGAGGGACCUCACUAAGACUGGCAAGCACAUUGAUGUGCCAGAAGCCAGCAAGUGGUUGGCUAAGCUGUUGCAAUACAAUGUGCCAAACGGGAAGAAGAACAGGGGUCUCGCAACGAUUCUGGCGUACAAAAUGUUGGAGAAGAAGGAGAAUUUGACGCCAGAGAAUAUUCACCUGGCAAACAUGAUGGGAUGGUGCGUUGAAAUGUUCCACACCCACCAACUCCUUCUUAACGACAUCAUGGACGGUUCGGAGAUGCGUCGCGGCGCCCCGUGCUGGUACCGCCGCCCCGACGUGGGCCUCAGCGGCAUCAACGACGCCUCGCUCGUCCAAGCCGCCAUGUUCUCCACACUCAAACGACACUUCAACAGCAAAUCUUACUAUCAAACUGUACUGGAAACCUUCAAUGAGAUGUUACUAAAAUGCUCGAUCGGCCAUCAUCUGGAGAAAUUAAUGUUGAAGACAGAUAAGCCAGACUUAUCUCAGUUCACCAUGGACAAAUAUGAAGCGAUCACGAAGUACAAGACCUCAUACCACACCUUCCAAAUGCCGGUGACAUUGGCUCUGCUGAUGACUGGUGUUGAGGACCCAGAGACGCACAGACAAGCCAAGACCAUCCUUUUGGAGAUGGGAGAGUUCUUCCAAAUUCAGGAUGACUUCUUAGAUUGCUUCGGCGAUCCAGCAGUCACUGGCAAGAACGGAACAGACAUUCAAGAAGGCAAAUGCACCUGGUUAGCAGUCGUCGCUCUGCAGAGGGCAACUCCCAAACAGAGGCAGUUCAUGGAGGAGAACUAUGGCAGCUCGGACCCAUCAGCCGUCGCCAAAAUCAAGGAUCUCUAUGAGGAACUCCAACUCCCACACACAUAUUCAGUCUUCGAAGAAGCAACCUACGAUCUCCUAAGGACACAAAUCCAACAAGUCACAAGGGGCCUACCACACGAUUUAUUCUUCAAAAUCUUAGAUAACAUCUUCAGGCGAAGCAUCUAAACUUAUUUAUAGAAUUAAGAUAGUCGUAGUUAAUCGGUGCAAAAUCUUGAUGUAUAUUUGUGUUGCUGUAGCCGAGUACGUGAUAGACAGACACACGAAGAAUAAAGUUAGCGAUGUGUCGCUGUAUGUACGUGAGUCUUGAGCGCUGUGUGAUUUGCAUUUUAGAUAAGAUUUUUAUAAUUAAGAGUGAGGGGCUGAAUAUAUUAAACUCAAAUGCCUCGAAAAUGUGAGAUGAGAGUCAAAGAAAUGAACAUCGGGAGGAAAAAAAAAA